GUUUUUCUCCAACGUUCGAUAUUUGAUGAAUCAUAAUAUUUUCAAGCCAUAUUUAUAGUGAGACGCUGCGCAACAUUAUCAUUCAGUGCCUAUCGCUGUGCGAAGUAAGACGUGUGUAACAUUGUUUUCCCAAAAGCAAAACUUGAGAAAUCAUACAACCAUGGAGGAUCAAGUUCCAUUUAAGGUAUUUACAUACUGGAGUGAGAAUGCCAAGCCAGAGGUGAGGAGAUUUGGUGUGGACAAGAGCCUGGUCACCAGCUUUGUCUAUCUAAAUGCUAAGCUGCAGGAGAUCUACCCUAACUUGAAGAAUAAGAGCUAUACUGUGACAUGGAAAGAUGAUGAAGGUGAUGAUGUAACGGUAUCUUCCGAUGACGAAAUCAUGACUGCUCUGACUGCCAUGAGUGGCGACCUCAUCAAGCUGCACGUCCACUGCAAGGAGGCUGAAUCUGAGGAUGAAGCUAACAUCAUCAUUACUGCUGUCUCUGGAAGUGGAGAUGGUCGGGACGCGGUACACUUUGGCGUCACGUGUGACGGAUGUAACUCUCAGGUCGUCGGCUGGCGAUACAAGUGCACCUCUUGUGAUGACUACGACCUCUGUGCCCGCUGCGAGGCGGAUGGCAAGCACGCUGAGCAUUGCAUGCUGCGAGUACCCGCACCUGUUAUGUCGCGCGCCAUGGUCAAGGCAGCCAUUAAGCGUUCCCGCCAUUUCUUGAAGACGGUUACUGGUGCCGUCGGUGAUGAGUGCAACUACAAGAAACACAAGCGCGAGAAGAGUGGCGAGAGGAAGCACCGAGACGAGAGACACCACGAGCGUCGUCACCACCGCCAACGAGGCAGCUGGCUAGAGACCUUCGCCACCUACAUGAACGAGUUCGCGAACCUAGCUGGUGACGUCAACAUUGACGUCGAUAAGAAAGCUGGUGAAACCCCAAGACCCCAGAACACCCAGAAUGGGGAGCAACAGAGAACUGCUCCAGAGAGUACUGAAGCUCCCAACCCUGGAGCUAGUACCUCUGCUCCGAAGCCUGGAUGCCCCUUCUCUGGCCCGCCGCCUCAAUGCCCCUUCUCUGCCCCUAAGUCUGCUCCAAAGCCAGCAACCCGAUGCCCCUUCACCCCCUCAUCUAUGCCACAAUGCCCCGAAAUCAAUGCCGAGACAAUCCCCCAACUUAUUAACAUGUUUAUCACUGGCAACUUUGAGGCUCUGUCUGGGUUGAUCCCGACGCCAUCCACUUCUGCUAGCAAUGAUGCCGCGGUGAACACCAACGAUGUGGUGACUAACAAUGCGUCCGUCAACACUAGCGAUGUCGAUAUGGCUCCGGCAGAGGAGCAGGCUCCUGAGAAAGCCCCUGAGGACCCAGAGACUUCCAGCGUUAACUCUGAAGCGUCGUCCACUCGAAGCUCAACGAAGAGGGAUGAGUCUCCGGACAAAGUUGAUGACUGGACACUGAUCAAUAAGGAGAGAGACUUGAUGGAUGCCUAUAUGAAGCAAGGCAGUGCCUCUGGUGAGGCAGCCCCCAUUGGCUUCAACUUGCCUUCGGAGUUUCAAGAGCGAGUGAGGAUCACCGAAGGGCAGAGCCUGUAUCCGCCCCUGAAUGCCGCCACUGCUGUGUUGAAUCCCAAAGAGGCGGAGAGGCCGCAACCCUCGGCCCCGGUCCAGCUGCAGCAACCUCUGCAACCGCAACCUGCCCCGCAGCCGCAACCCGCCGCGGCUCAACCGCAAGUCAAGCCAGCGCAACCCGCCCAGGCCAAGCCGACACCGCAACAGCCGAAGCCGAGGCAACGCCAUCAUGCUAAAGCGCAUAUUGACGCGGCCAUCGAGCAGAUGCUAGUGAUGGGCUUCACCAAUGACGGAGGCUGGCUCACUCAGCUCGUAGAGAGCAAGGACGGCAACAUUGCGGCAGUCCUGGACUUGCUCACUCCAGUCACACCCAAGAAGUAAACAACCGUCAACAAAACCCCAAUUAUAAUAAGAUUACUUAUCUUCUAAUCGUAUGUAGAAGUAGAGUAGUGAAUUAACUACUUGGUAUAGGGGUUGAUAUCUAUUGGUCAUCUACAAUGUGUGUGCACGGUGUAUUGUCAAUUUCUGUCUCGCGUUCUCUAUUUAAAUUAUUAUUCACGAGUAGUGUUCGCGCGAUCCUAUUCUAACUGGUAUUUAGGAAUUCCGCGCCGCACCGUGCGUACGCUUUCAAUGUAGGCAUAGUCUAACAUAAUAUAAUGGAUGUUGUACUAGCGUACAAAUCAUAAGAUUUUUUUUAUUAAUUUGGUGCUAUAUAUCUUGAGCAGUAACAUCUAGUUUGAUUUUUAAACUGAAAACGUGGUAUGUACAAUUUGGUAUUGUUUAUUAUUUCAUCUUUACCACAAAAUUUAUUUUUCACAUUCCUUUGAUUCAAUCAAAUCUCCGAAUUAUUUUUGAUUUAUUUUGUUAGUGAUUUUAUGUGAUAUGAUAAAAUUAUGUACCUUGUAGUCUAGUAUGUAAUUCAAAAUACAUUAUAAUUGUAUUUAAUAUAAUUAUUAAGUUGUAUCCAGAUUUAGUAGUACAGAAACAUCUGGUAUGUGAUAAUGACGUGAUAAUCUGAAGGACUGAAUAAAGGAUAUAGAUUAUAUUUUGUCGUCGUGAUGUUAAAACUAUUUAAAAAUGUAUCGAAAUAUUAAAUAAAGGUUUUAUGGGGUUAAAA